CACGAUCGAUUAAAACUCGUUUUCUUCUACAGUGUUAGUAAUCGUAGUGGCAGUUACGCGGAAGCUGCGCCAUUACUCCUUGAAACCGCGUCGCGUACCGUGCCAAUAGUUAGAUGGUGUUCUUUCGUUUUAGUUUAUGUUUAGUUGCGUAGCAAACAAUCGAAAUAUACGUUUCUAGAUGGCCCAACGUGCCGGCUCUAUUCUGAUAAUGUGGACUGUGUUUCUAGUGCUGUGCUGCCUAACGCAUAAUGCUUUUGCUUUGCAAGAUGGCGAAUCCUGCACGCACCAGGGAGAGUCGGGAAUUUGCAGACCAUACUCAAAGUGUAAGCGCGGCAAUCGGAUUACCGUAUGCAGCUAUUCAGCAACGGAAGCAAUCGUCUGCUGUCCACCGUCGCAAUUACUACAACCAGCUGGCGGCACUAUUACAACACCACUUAGCUCGAAUAAUCGUGGCGCCACUGAACGAAUUAGCGAGAAAAAAUGUAAGGAUUACAAGGAUCUUACUACGGAGAGUGUCGCUAUCAGUGCACUGACACUCAAUCCAACGCUGGUCAAAAUUGAUGUUCCGAAGUGUGACAUGGUAGUGAAGCUGAUCGUCGGUGGAAACGUCACGAAACCGGGCGAGUUUCCUCACAUGGCAGCGAUCGGUUGGCGUCGUCCGAACGGUGACUACGCAUUCGAAUGCGGUGGAUCGCUGAUCAGCGAAUAUUUCGUGCUUACGGCGGCCCAUUGUUACGCGGAAUCCGAAGCAGGCGUACUGCCCUCGAUUGUGCGUCUGGGUGAUCAGAGCUUGGUGCGCGAAGAUGAUGGUGCCGAACCGGAGGAUUACGACAUCCGGCAGUUCAUCGUACAUCCGGAUUUUAAAUGGAGCGCCGGCAAAUACAACGAUCUUGCAUUGAUUGAGACGAACGAGCGGGUGGUCUUUACAAACUUUAUUCGUCCGGCAUGUCUCUAUACAGCGGACAGGCUGAACGUACGCACAGCGAUUGCGACCGGGUUCGGGUUAACGGAAGACUUUGGCACCAAGUCGGACGAGCUGCGCAAGGUGGCGCUGAACAUUUACGAUAACGAUCUGUGUGCCGAACGGUACCGGCUGAACCGUCACAUCCGCCAAGGCAUCAGUAACACGCAAAUGUGCGUUGGUGAUCUCGCCGGCGGGAAAGAUACCUGCCAGGGUGACUCCGGUGGACCGUUGCAGGUGACGCGCGAAGAAAACCACUGCAUGUUUUACAUCGUUGGUGUGACAUCUUUCGGACAGGUGUGCGGUAGUGCAACACCGGCAAUCUACACUAAAGUUAGCUCGUACCUUGACUGGAUCGAAUCCGUCGUAUGGCAAUGAGACGAACGGUAAAAUAGACGAAUAAGCUGUCGACUUAAAAUACGUCAAUCUCUCAGAUGGAAACAACAAAAAAAAACUUUUAGAUAAGAACUUCAGCAACUCAAACUUGAGCGGAAAGAUGGGAACCUAUCGCGUUUCAUAGUGUUGAUGCAAUUAUUUUUACUAAUAUAACGUACUUGUCAAGUUUCUGUUUUAAUAAAGAAAACGCUAUUCUGUGUGCUUCGCUAAAUUAAA